CAGCUCAGUGGAGGGAAAUGGAUAGAUGAUGUUUUGGGUCGAGACUCUUCUUCAGGCUGUAUGGUAACUCAAAUCUCACUGCACCAAUUGGUGCAUGUGACAAUAAAUGUAACCGGAACUUGAGUAGAGGGGUGAAGCAAAAAUUGUCAAGUGGCCGGUGGGAUACGGGUGAGGAGAGAUGAUUGGCUGAUGGGUGGAGAUUGUAACAAAGGCUAGAGAUGAAAUUGAGUCAAAAGGGUGCCAAAUAAGGAAGGAAGAGGCGGGGGGUGAAGCCUUUGGGAUCAUUGUUGAAGCGGGGGAAGGUAGAGUUGAGCUUUAUCUGUGUAUCGUGUUACUAACGUUGUCGUACAGUCUGUGAUGUUAUAUAGCCUGCCUGCAAUCCCUGGUCCAAACAAAGGAGUCCUGCAGGUUGCAGUGUGUGCCCAGAUGGAAAAGUGUGCCUUGAGCUGAUGAUGCGUUUUGUAACAGUACAGGAAGCCACGGAGAGGUCAGUGAGAGUGGAACGGUGAAUUAAAAUGGCAGGCAAACUGAAGCUCGGGGUGCACCUCACAUUGCAAAGCGAUGGCCCAGUGUGUGGUUGGUUUCUCCACUCUCGAGGAGGCUAUAUUAUGAAAACUAAACAUGGUGCAGUGGAUUGGCAGAAGUAUCUUGAUACAAUACGGUGAGAAAUACAAAGCUACUGAAGAACUCCUGCCUUUACUGGAAGUCUAUCGGAUUUCCAUCCAGAGCUACGCAAGUGCAAGGCCUUGCCUAACGACAGAAUGCGCACACAUUAAUUUUGUACUCGGUCAGUUAGUCGUGAGCUGUUUUGAAAUAUUACUUUCACUUCCUGACAAAGAUGUUCCACAAGACUUGUGGCAGCAGCUGCAGCAGACAUUGCAGGAUUCUCACGAUGUUUUACUGGAAUUUGGAAAUAAUGAAUUGGAGGCACUACUUGCAAUUUCUAGAGAAGGGGGAGCUUGGAAAAAUCCAGUUCUACAGUGUAUUCUUUCCAAGCAGACAGCAUCUAUCGAAGAGGUGAAUGAUUAUUUGAUCCAGGAAGGACCAGCAUUUCUUGAGAUUCGCAUUAAACAUCUGAUGAAGACUGAUCGCAAGUUUGAUGCAGUACUGCUUGCAAAGUGUUGUACAGAAAAUGCAGAAAUUAACAGCAAAGGUGCUUUUCGACAAAUCUACCUCACUAGUCUCUGCACUAUGGGACCCAAUGAGGAGGCAGCAAAAGAGAUCGCUCGUGUUGACUGCAAGGAAGUGCUGGAUAUUAUUUGUAACCUGGAGUCUGAUGGUCAGGACAAUGCUGCCUUUAUCCUGUGUACAACAUUCCUAACCCAUCAACUGCAGCAGGAGAGUGUCUAUUGUUCUUGGGAGCUCACUCUGUUUUGGAGCAAGUUGCAACGGAGACUGGAUCCAUCUCUGGGUUCCUUCCUGGAUCGUUGUCGGCAGCUUGGUAUUAUUGCUAGGACUGUGUAUCACAUAUUCUUCCUUAUAAAAGUUAUCCAAUCUGAAGCAGAAGGAGCUGGUCUCCCAAUCUCAAUUGAACUUUGUGUUGGAGCUCUUCGUAUUCCGUCUAAUGAAAACGCAGAGAUGAAGAUUUCCAUUUGUAAAACCAUCGCCUGCUUGAUGCCGGAUGAUCUUGAAGUGAGACGUGCUUGUCAACUCACUCAGUUCCUUCUGGAACCCACAGUGGAUGCAUACCAUGAGGUGGAACGGCUGUACAAGCAACCUGACCAAAAAUACGAUGAGGAGAACGGCCCUAUUCCCAACUCGUUACACUGUGAGCUGUUGUUGGCUUUGAAAGCCCACUGGCCUUUUGAUCCAGAGUUUUGGGAUUGGAAAACUCUAAAGCGUCAUUGCCGCGGGCAUUUGGGUGACAAGGCUGAUGCCAUUUCAGAAGAUGAACUCAGCGAAAACGAGCUGGAUGGUAAUGAGCUCUUUGAUCAAAUGAGUAGAAUACCAGACACAAUAAACGAUGGAAGGGAUAAGGAUGGAGAUGCGGGCAAAAAGAAAGAGAAGGUGAUGUCUGAACGAUAUUAUAGGUGGCUUCAAAAUAUGUUCUUCUGCGUGUUGUGCAAGAAAGAUUAUGUUGUGGCUAGAAUGGUACAUCAUGCUAAGACGCAUGUCAGAGAUGGGAUAUUUUCUUGCCCUGUUUGUGCAAAAAAGUUUAAGAGAAAGGAACAGUUUACGCCACAUGUAAAGGAACACAUUAAAAAGCCCAAGAGAGAGAAAAAACAGAAGAAGAAAUUAGUAAAAUCUUUGCUUCCUGGAAUGAACGUGAAUGCUAAGCACUUGGAUGAUAUGAAAGUUUCGGUUAAAAAAGAGAUUGAGGAAAACGACUACAUAAUCUUCAGCGGAGCGGACUCUGUGGACGAAGAUCAAGGCGAUGUGUCGAAGACUGAGGUGGAUGACGCUGUAGUGACACCGUGGACGGAAAGUUAUCCGUGUCCGGGAACGGCAUGCUCGAGAUCUUUCAAAUACUACAAGAACCUCACUGCCCAUUUGAAGAAUGAUCACUUGGACAAUGAUGAGAAUGUAAAGCACUUCCUUGAAAUGAAUAACAGGAAGGCACUCUGUAAAUACUGCCGACGCCAUUUUGUCAGUGAUUACCAUCUGAAAGCCCAUUUAAAGGUCCACUCUGGCUUGCAACCGUAUAUUUGCAUUCAAAUGGACUGCAACGCCAGCUUCCAGGCCUUUGCGGAUCUGGUGAAGCACAGAAAGCAACACAAGGAAUUCCUAUCCAAGUGCACGUUCAAAGGCUGCAACAAGGUUUUCAGCGGAUCGUGCUUACUCUACCACCACGAAGCCCAGCAUUACAGGGAAGCGGCCUACUCGUGCAAUUUGUCGGGCUGCAAGAAAUUCUAUUUUUCCAAAAGCGAAUUCCAAACUCAUCUGCAAACGCAUGGCUUGACGAGUCUGGAAGAAUUUGAGGCCAGGCUUCUGAAAAAAGGAAGCGGCGACUCCUCGGAGGAUGUGACGGAAGACGACUCUCAGCUCGUGACCGGAGAGGAGAAGCCUUGUCCUGUGGUUAGCAACGUUGCAGAAAAUGCAACUGAGAAACCAUUACAGAGUUGCAGCUAUUCUCUGCCGCAAGGAACGAUAAAAAGGGAAAAGGAGUAUAGUCCAGAUGAUUCUUAUUGCCCCGCAAGGCUGGAUACGGACAGGGCUGAUUCAGCCAGCAAGGGUAAACCUGCAUAUCCUAACCUCCGGGGUGUUUAUUCAGAAAACUUGCUUGUGCCGUUAGAAAAGCUGGCAUCCUUUAAAGAGUUGAGUGACAUUGAGGACAUGAUGAAGGCUGCCACACUUCACCCUGAAAUCAACAGGAGCUUAGCCAAGCACAAAAUCACCACUAAUGUUGCAGAUAGCUUGCCAGCUUUCAAUAGGUUUGCUUGUGGUAUCGUUGGCUGCAGCAUGGAGUAUGCCUUGGCAAAGGACCUGAAGAAACACAUUAGGGCAGCACAUUCAAAUUAUUAUAAAGGAAAGAAGAUUGAUAAACACAGCAGAAGUGUUCUGAAAGGUUCUGCUGCAAGUCAAGACAGGGAUAAAGCUGAGAUGGGAGAGCAAGCCUUAUCAACGCAGCUGUUGUCAUUGCAGGGGCAAGAAGGACAGUUAGGUGCACCCAUUGAUGCACUUCGCAAAAACAAAAGUGUGUUACACAAAGCGCAAAGAAUUAAGAGGCCCAAGAAUAACAGGAAUGCCAAAUGGCCCGCUAUCUUUAAGGGCGAUAAGUUUGUCUGCUCUCGAUGCUUCAAGGAGUUUACGAACCCCAAGUCACUCGGUGGCCACCUUGCUCGCAAAAUAAAAUGCCCUUUACUGGCUGAGAAUAGCACAGAGGCUAAUGCAGUUGUGCAGGCUAAUGCAGUUGUGCAGGCUAAUGCAGUUGUGCAGGCUAAUGCAGUUGUGCAGGCUAAUGCAGUUGAGCAGGCUAAUGCAGUUGUGCAGCCUAAUGCAGUUGUGCAGCCUAAUGCAGUUGUGCAGCCUAAUGCAGUUGAGCAGCCUAAUGCAGUUGAACAGCCUAAUGCAGUUGAGCAGCCUAACGAAGGCGAGCCACCAAGCCAGUCCGUUAACAUUCCUGAGGUUCCAACUCUCGAGGAACUCGUAAGGGCUCUGCAGAAGCUGCAGCUGAAUAAAUCUGAAGCCGUUGUGGGCAAAGUGACGGUGUGUGCCUCUGCUUUAACUUCACCCCUGAUGGAGCCUGGGCUGACCUCCACCAGUGCCGCUUCCAUGUCCACACCUUUAGAUAAUGUUUCCCAACCACAGCCACACUCUCGUGAGCUCUUCCAACUCGAUUCAUCGAAAGAGGACUCGGGGGUCAUUAAGCCAUUUGUUUGCGACAAUGACGGAUGUGCCUUUAAGGCGAUGACCAAAGAUGGCCUCAUUAACCAUUACGUUAAAACUCACAAGUACCCCAAGGACAAGGUCCUCAAGUUAAGCCGCUUUCAACUCAGGUUUGCCCCAUUCAAAUGCCACAUCUGCCUAAGAACAUUUACGAGAAAAACAAAUCUCAGAACUCAUUACAAACAAAUGCAUAGGUUCAGUAAAGAGGACAUGCAGAAAGGAAAGUUCUCGUAUAUAAACUGUGUUUCUGUUCCUGGCAAUAGAAACCCUCAGCUGAUUGUGCCAAAUAUAUUAAUUAAAACUGAGAAUGAGAGUCCCCUCCGCACUGAAGAGAUAUUGUGCGGUGCUCCCAAUGUCACUGAAAGGUUGGGUUUGUCUGAAGACGCUGAGCCAAUUAAAACAGAAAAGGAUUCCCUUUAUCCAAUGACCGUUCCUUACCAGACUGAAGACUGUAAUUUAUUUGGAGAUGAUGAGCAUGUACAACUUGGCACAGUGGGCGGUAGCUGGCGCCAGCCUGGCAGUGAUUCGGAGAACACGAUGAAUGAGUCUUUCACGACAGAGGUUGAAUGUUCUGAAUCUGCAGAAUCGUUAAAAUCCGAGGAGCUGCAUCUGAACGGCAGCGUGGAGUCUGGCGGCUUGAUGCCGGACAGCGCGGACGAGUCCGAAUCCAAGGAAGAGGGUCGGGGGAGCCGAAGAGUUGGUGCUAAAACCAACCUGUGCUACAUGUUGAACAAGUAUCACAAACCUUAUCACUGCAUUCACAAGGGCUGCACUGCGGCUUUCACCGGCCAGCCUAACCUGAUCCGACACUACCAGACGGUUCACCAGUACAACCGGGAGCAAAUGAGUCUGGAGGAAGAUCAAGGAAAUGCCAAGAAAGACAAUACCAAAGUCAAGAAAAUCUUCAAGUGCAAGUUUGAGGGUUGCACCAAGCGCUUCCAGUAUCCUCGCGUGCUUUUGAGGCACUACAGUGAAAUCCACAAGCUCGCCGGGGGUGAGUCGGGGAAGUUUGCUUGCAAUCAGGCGGAUUGUCUCUCCCCUUUUAACAUGUACGGCAACCUCAGACGGCAGGCUGCCGAGUUACAGUUCAAGUGCAGCAUAGACGGCUGCAGCCGUAACUACACGAUCCGUUCCAGCUACCUGCGACAUGUCCAAAGACAGCACAAAGCCCAUUACAAGUCAAUACUACUGAGGCCGCGGAAAAACUCCAAAUAUGACCGCAAGUCUAAUUUGGAAAGAUGCAACCUGGAAUGUCUGGCUGGAGGUGCCAAUGGAUCCAGUUCGUCUGUUAAGCCUGAGAUGAAGCUGUUUAAGCAGGAGCAACUCACGGAUGAAGACAGUUCCAGCUCCGUGCCACUGCGUCCAACUAAUUUGGGUCGAAUCAGCGGAGAGAAUCUCUCGGACGAGGAAAGCUGCGAUUCCGAGUCUGAGGUCGACUCUAAUUUUGAAAUUUACAAGGCGAACCUCGACUCGUUUGGUUCAGCCCUGAAGCAGGAGUCUGACUUUGAAAGCCAUCAGCACGGCGGGCAUCUCACAGGCAAGGCUUGCAACAGGAAAAGAAAAUUGGCAGCGGCUUUAAAGAGGAGUCUCGCGGACGAUCAUUCGGACAACUCGAAUGACUCGUCGGCGGUGCAGGACGGGGACUGUGGGAGGAGUGGAUCCUCCCUGGUUUACUGCGGUUCCUCAGUGGACGAGUACGAUAAGGAAUUGAGGAAAUUGGGCAAGUGUCGUGAUUUUUUGUUGAAGAGCGCCGACUGUGGGCUUGCGAUGUGCAAGAUUGAGAUUUUGAGGGAUCAGUUUCCGUGCAUGGUAGACAACUGCCAAACCGUGGUCCUGAGCCGGCGCAGCGUGAUGAGACACUACAAGAUCCUCCACAAAAUGAGCGCCAAGUACAUUGAGCAGAAUUUUAAUACACUCCUAAUGUGCAAGAAAUAUUCCGAUCCAUCCCGCGAGAAAAAGGAUCCCGAUUCUCCGUUUCCCAAAAAAGCCCACUCAGAGCAAGUGGACGAUGGUCCAGGCUGCAGUGUUCUGCGGCAACAAAACGGGGAAACGCCGCUGAAAACCGAGUUCAAAAUUGAGCCCGAGCAGAUUGGGCCAGGGCAGCAGUUGCAGAACUGCAGCGUGGCGCACGGGAACGGCGCCUUUCCCGGCGGUGGGAACGCCCUGUUUCCUGGGAAGUCCGUGAGCAGCAGCCUGGCUCUGGGGAUGGCAGGCAGGGGUCCGGGCUUCAAGGAAAACGAUGCCAACCGGGCCUUCCUCCCGAAGAACGGAGGAGUCAUUGCAAAUAUGGUGAAGAAAAGUGGCACCCAAAAUGGCUCCGUCUUCACCAAGUUGAAGCAGCCUCUGAAAAGGAAAUCUGAAAUGGAAAUUCAGUCGCAGAGAAUGGACUCUGCGUAUUUGUCGCAGGGCUCCUUCUUUGGCAGCAAGGAGAACCAACAGAACCAGAGUCCUCCGCAAAAACCAUUUGACCUGACCACCUAUAAACCUCUCGGCUUCGAGGCCUCGUUUCUGAAGUUCAUUCAAGAAAGUGAAGACGCUGAGAACGACGUGGAUGAAACGUGGCAUUGGGAACCACCAAAACGAUGCAAACAAUUUGAUUCGCCCCAGAGGGAGUCAGCAGUGGACACUGGCCCGACAGAUUCGACAGUGGAAAACUGUAAAGGGUGCAGUGCAGACUGUGACAAAAACAACACUGCUGUGCAUGACAGUUUUGCAGCAAUCCAGCCUCUAAUUUCACAAGGGUCAACUCCUUCUUUGGAGAACUUACGAACGAUAUUGGAUAAGGCGUUGACAGACUGUGGAGAUCUUGCCUUAAAGCAGCUUCAUUUUCUUCGGCCUGUUGUGGUCCUGGAAAGGUCGGAGUUUUCCACUCCCCUCCUAGAACUGUUUCCAACAAAAAAGAGUGAUGAACUGUGUGUGGGAAGUUCAUAGGACUAUUUGUAUCAAUUUUGCAAACUUAAAAUCACCAUACUGUAAAACUAUGUAGAGAUAAAAGCAGUGCUGCAGAGAAUAAAAAGUGAAUACGCCUGGGGCUUCCAUUUGGGAAACGAAACCUUGGUUUGUUCUGGUUUUGUGCAUGAUUGUGUGUGUGUAUACGAACGAGUAUUAGGGUACUUAUCGGGGGUUAGUAGUUGGCACUAAGAACUUGAAUGUGCACAUACAUACUGGUGCUUUUCUGUAAUAUAUUGUACACUACAUCUCCUUUAUGUAUGGGUUUUGAGAUAGUACACUGUCAAUUAAAUGGCAAUUUUUCACAAAAAAA